AACAUAAACCGGACUAAGGAGUCUAAUAAUCAGCCUUCGUUCAUGCCGAACAGCCAGCCUUCGUUUAUGCCGAACAGCCAGCCCUCGUUCAUGCCGAACAGCCAGCCUUUGUUCAUGCCGAACAGCCAGCCCUCGUUCAUGCCGAACAGCCAGCCCUCGUUUAUGCCGAACAGCCAGCCCUCGUUUAUGCCGAACAGCCAGCCUUCGUAUACACCGAGCCAGCAGCACCAGCCGCCG